AUGUCCGCACAACCACCAUCGCGCCUCACACCGCUCUCCCCACCCCAAAGGCCCGAACCCACAGCCAUCCAGAGUGGCGAGGCACCCGCGUCCAAUGCUACAGUGAAGCCCUCGAAGAAAAAGCGCAAUCACCGGGGAGGCAAGAAGAAACGGACGCGAAGACAGAGCUUUGCUGCUUCGACUGAGGAUGGUAAUGGGACUGGAUCAAGGUCGGCGGCGAGGGAUAGUUUUUAUAGGGUACAGGGCAGGAAUAUGAGUGGGACUAGCAUUGAGAGUGAGGCGCUUUUGGACCACCGACCACAAUACCAAAACCCCUUCCGAUCAAAUGAGAAUGUCAACCGGCGCCCACGAACAGCUUCGAGCGAAAUCGAUGAAGAAGGAGACGUGGUUGACGAACGCGCACCUCUUAUUUCUUCCUCGCGCUCGAAAUCUUCAGGGGUCAUGCUAGAUUACGAAUCAACAAGGCGUCGUGCUGGGAGCAAAUCCUCUUCGACGAAGAGCAGAAAAAAAAUCUUCGAUCGCCCUACCACGGCAUAUCGCCAAAACGACGAGGAAUAUAAUGUCAAUUAUCCCCCUUCUAUCCCAGGUAGUCCGAAUCUAGGCGCCUCGGUGGGGAAUCGGGACAUGAGCUUUGGGGAUAUGAUGGUACGGGAUGACUUUGCUCCUAACAGAGCUGCCCCAGGGAUUAUUGAUGAAGAAGCUGUUGAGGGGAGUGUACCAGGGAGCCCGAGAAGGGAAUCGGGGUAUGAGGGGCGCAGACAUACGAUUGCCCUGCAGGCGGAGGAGGAUGUAUGUUUCCCUAUAGAGGGAAUGUCUGAGUUAGCGGAAGACGAUAUGCCACAGCAUGAAGGCGCCCCGUUUAGACGGGGACAUGGCCCCAGGAGGCGCAGAGAUAAGUGGCCUGACCUCGCUAUGCUCGAUGAAUGGAGCCGAUUUGAAAAAGAAGGACGGAGCGAGGAGAGAAGGGCGAAGAAGAUUACUGAGCCACAGCUUAUCGGGGGUCGUCUACGUCCUAUACACAAGGGCUGGCAUCGUGCUGAGGAUGAUGCACCAUAUCGGUUUACGUACUUCAACGAGGAGUUCCAGAGUACGAUUCAUAGUCAGACCAUUUCAGAGCUCGUGCAGCCCGGGGCAUCUUUUCGGGAGCUUUUUGUCCCAGAUCGACCGGAAUUGAGUGAUUCUGAGUCUGAGUCUGAAGAGGAUGACGAGGAGCAUCAAUUUAGGGAGGCUUCUUACUUGAGGCAUGCUACCGGUACAAACGGGGACUCCAGGGCCCCGACGCGUCAAGGGUCGUUGAUUGAUCCCGCAAUAACUGACUCUCGAACCGGUGGUGGUUCAACAUCUGCGACAGAGUCGAAAAAUACAUCGGGCGAAGCAACUCCAAACGGUGGCAUUAAAUCACCACCCCCUAAAUCCCCUGGCCAUACAGAAAAGCCUAAACGUUACGGCGACCGACCAACAUGGUGGCUCGACGUCCUCUCGCCCACCGACGCCGAAAUGAAGGUUCUCUCCAAAACCUUCGGUAUCCACCCUCUCACAGCAGAAGACAUCAUGAUGCAAGAGGCCCGGGAGAAAGUCGAGCUUUUCCGGAACUACUAUUUUGUCAACUACCGCUCUUUUGAACAGGAUAUGAACAAUGAGGAUUUCCUCGAGCCGGUCAAUAUGUAUGUCGUGGUGUUCCGCGAGGGGGUUAUAUCCUUCCACUUUUCGCUCACGCCCCACCCUGCCAAUGUUAGAAGGAGGAUUCGACAACUUAAGGAUUAUCUGAUACUGAGCUCGGAUUGGAUUUCAUAUGCAAUUAUCGACGAUAUUACCGAUGUCUUUGCGCCCCUAAUCCAAAGCAUAGAAGAUGAAGUCGACGAUAUCGAUGAUGCGAUCCUGAAACUACAUGCCCCCAACCCCACCGAAAACGAUAAAUUCAACGAGAAGCGGUCUGAGUCCGGUGACGGGACGUCUGGUGAAAGCGGCGGCGAUAUGUUGAGACGAGUAGGCGACUGCAGGAAGAAAGUCAUGGGAUUGUAUCGCCUGCUAGGAAACAAGGCGGAUGUAAUCAAGGGAUUUGCGAAGCGGUGUAAUGAGCAUUGGGAAAUUGCACCACGUAGUGAGAUUGGAUUGUAUCUUGGGGAUAUCCAAGAUCAUAUUGUUACUAUGACGGGAAAUCUGAGUCACUAUGAGAAAAUCCUAGCACGCUCUCACGGCAACUACCUAGCCCAAAUCAACAUCCGCAUGAACGAACGCCAAGAGCAAACCGCCGACGUCCUGGGCAAGCUGACCGUGCUCGGCACCAUUGUCCUGCCCAUGAACAUCAUCACGGGGUUGUGGGGUAUGAAUGUGUGGGUGCCCGGACAGGAAUACGAGGGGGAUUUGACUUGGUUCUGGUGCUUGACUGCUGGGUUGUUGGUUUUUGGGUUCAGUUGCUUUUUUAUUGCGAAGAUGAUUUAUCGCAUUGUCUGA